UAAUAAAUCACAGUUAAUUCCUCGAUAUAAACCCUUCCUUUCAACGGAUUCUCCAUCUUCUUCAAGGUCCAAGCAAGAGUACUAAUAUCUCCUCCUGAUCGGAACGCAACUAACGCACCUGUACCUAUUUUCAUUCCAUGUCUAACCAGACCAGCUGCCCAGUCUGCCGAGCGACAUCACCUUCGAGAUCUGCACCUCGUCGUCGUCGUCCUCGCCGCCACCGGCGUCGUCCAUCGCGGCGACGACGAGAAGCGGCGAGGACGCGUUCAACGAGACCAACGAGGCCGGCGAGUUCAUCAAGUCCGAGAGGGUAGUCAGCGGGAUGCACUUUCUGACGGACCGGGAGGAGGAUCGGGCCGAUCUGUUGCUGCCAAAGUCCGAGUCCGGGGAGGCUGAACCGGAAGUCAGGAAACAGCUGCUGGAAUACCUGAUUCAAAACGACGGUUCCGUAGUCUGCAAGUGGUGCGGCGAGGUGCUACCGUCUCGAACCCGUUGGUACAGGCACAAGUACAAACUGCACGUGCCUACCCAGGUCAGCCAGCCGGCGCCGCUCUUCAAGUGCCACAGCUGUAACGCUUACUUCAAGUCCCGCAAGGGUUACAUCGGUCACCUGAGCUCGCGGCAUUCCGACAACGAGAACGACGAGAACAGAGAGGAGCCGGCGAACAAGAAGGUCCGCAAGACCUCCGACAUCGGGAAAGGGCCAGACUGGGAGCAGCAGAGGGAAAAAGAAGAGAAACUGGUGGCGGACAUUAUCGAUCGGGUGAAGAGGGAGUGCGAGGCUCAGGGUGAGACGGUGACGAGACGAGGCUACUCCAGGCGAUCCACCGUGAUGAACAGCUAAGAGCGAGCCCUUGCGGAAAGGAUGAAGGGAGAUCUUGUGCCAUAUCAUCGUCGUACGAUGCUCUCCUCGUGACACGGCUCGAAGAACUUUCGAUCGAGAUGCGCGCGGAUCGAUACCUGUCGACGUUCCACCUCGUGCGUCUUUUAAUCGACUACCAGCAGCCCUAUGGUUAAGUAAUUAAGAGAUACUCGAGUAUAGAAACACUAUGAUCAAAUUAGGAUUAGUCUGGGGCGGCGUUCUAUGCUCAAUCAUUGAAAAACGUUAUAUAUAAAAUCGGUCUCUGGACUCGACGAUCGAAUCGCAUUCCGAAUUCUGAUUAAUUAACCCCUCGAACAGCGGAUAGAAAAUUCGAUUUUCUAUUUUAUAUUAUUAUUAUUUUCUAAAUUUUAACACUGUUCCCUUGAAAAUUAUUCUUCCAAUGUAUAUAAAUCCCUUUCGUUAAACAAUUAUACAUUUAAUUUUAGAUUAAUACAUUGGGUAAUUAGGGUAAUUAUAUUUGGGUCGCGAUUGACCUCGGUUUCGCUGUUCAAGGAUUAAAGAAAUUCUGAUAUGGCGGUUGGACAGUGAGUAAUCAACUUAUUAUUAAAAUAAAUUAGGGAGAAGGAUGCAGAGCAGAGGUGGCCAAAGUUUGAGCCUAGAGACUCGAGUUUGAAAAUGGCAAUAUAGCAAGAGUCUCUCCUGUGGGCACAUCUGCUCAAGUAGAUUCGAAGCUAUUUCAAAGCAUCGUUAUAUCAGAUUUAUAAUCGUUUCAUGACGGAAUGAUUGUUCGAUCGUUCGUUUGAAUCGACCGCACAGCUGUAAGGAUAAAGCCGUGUAACGCGAAUCAAAGAACGUCGGCAGGGUGAUCUUCGAGCUUUGGAACGAGGAUUACAAACUGUCUAGUCAUAAUGCAAGCGUGGCUGCGUAUAUUUUUUUCGUAUCCUAAACGGCCACGCGUUGCUGCACGAUAUGUAUAAUAAAUAUACAUACCUAUUCGCG